AUGCAAUUCCAUUUAGAAACUGAAAAUAACUUAAUAAUAAGUGAUUUUAGACCUGAGGAUUGUAUAGAUUUUCUUUCGAUGGAAUCUAUUUCCGACGUUGGGAUUUAAUUUCCAAAACCACAAAAUACAAAAUAUAAUGUUGAGCCUCCUCCUAAUUCAAAAGACUUAAAAGAAAAAGUAAUACUUUCUCCAUUAUCGCCUAAUUUUGAAGGACUCAAAGAUUAUGAACAAUAAAUUUUGCUCCCUUCAUAAAAUCUAACUUAAAGACCAAUUUAACAAAAGUCGUCAAUAAAAUUGAUUAAUAACAACCAUAAGUAAUAAACGAAUUUUAGUGGAAGUUUCAUGAAGUAUUUUCAUACUAGAAGAUUUGUAAACAGAAUAUUGAGAAAUAAACAUAUGUUUCAUAAGUUACAACCAAUACAUUUAGAGAUAAUUAAUGAUGCUUCUUCGCAUUAUGAUACUGAGAUAUUUGGCCAGAAAUCUCAUUCCUUCAAACCUCUUGGAUUAAUGAAGACUUUGCAUUUAUCAAUAUCACCCAGUCUAACCAAAAAAAUCAUUUCUAAAUACAGAUAGAUGUCAAAUUUCGUUUUGAGCAAACUUUAAUAAAUAUUACACUAAAUUCCAGUAAUUCAACCUGAAAAUAAGGGAAGAAUUAUUUGGGAUGUUGUUCUUUCCAUUACUCGAUUAUAUUUUAUUAUCCUUAUUCCAAUUGAUAUGGUAUUUGAAGAGAGAUUGUUAUAUUCUGAUAAACUAAUAAUAGUUACAACUCUAUAAACUUUUUUAUUGAUUUUAGACAUGUUUAUCAAUUUUAAUACUGCUUAUUAUUAGUUUGGGUAGAUAGUUUCAGAAAGAUCAAAAAUAAUCCACCAUAAUUUUAGCAAGGGAUAUGGAUUAGAUGCAUUUUCUGUGAUCUUUUUAAUUUGUUUAUUGUUUGUUGAUUGGGACUAAAUCGGAGAUUAUGAACCCUUUGUAUUUAUUGGAUUAUUAUCAUUUACUGUUUAAUACUAAAAUAUAACCAAAUUAACUCGAAUUUUUGAAGAAGUUUUGAAUCUAAAUAAAAUUUAAGCUGGUUUCUUGGAAUUAGCAAAAUUAAUCACAUUGUUAUUAUAUAUUUUGCAUAUUUCUGCUUGUAUCUGGAUUGGGUGUGGCAGAAUAAGUUCUUCUGUAACUAAUGGUACUAGUUGGAUGGUGAAGGAAUAGGUACUUAAUGAGCAAUGGAUAGUUUAAUAUUUGAGAUCAUUUUAUUUCUGCACUGUGACUAUGUUUACUGUUGGAUAUGGCGAUUUAACUCCUUAAUCUAAUUUAGAAUAUGUGACAUGCAUCAUAUUUAUCAUGAUUUUUAGUAUCCAAUUACCAUAUAGUGUAAAUACUGUAGGAGCUAUUAUUGAUGAAAUUUCUAAAUAUAGCGAAUAAAAAUUGUAGAAGCUACGCAUAAUUAAUACAUAUAUGGCUAAAAAGAAGAUCACCUAUGAAUUGUAGGUCAAAAUUCGAUAAUAUUUAGCAUAUUAUUGGGAAUGUCAAAAUACAUAACUUUCUCAAGAGGUCAAAGGAAUUUUGGAGUAAUUAUCAGAAAAUCUUAGAGAUUCUUUAAUGUUAGAAGCCAACUCAAUUAUAUUAAAUAGUUGUGAUAUGUUUUCGAAGUUUCUUUCUCCUGGCUUUACAAAAGCUUUAGUUAACAAGAUUAGAUAUUUGGAUGUUCAGCCUGAAAAUAUAGUUGAUUUUGCGGAUUAGCCUGACUCAUAUCAAAAUUAUUAUUUAGCUUUCAUUGAAAUUGGAACAAUUCAAGUUAUUCAAGAUUAAAAUAAUUGUAAAAAUGAUUCAUAUAUUAAACAACUUAGUUCUGGUUAAGUAUUUGGUUUAUAUGAAUUUAUAACUGGAACAUAAUGUAAUGAGUUUUAUAAAAGCAAAGGAUUUACUAAAUUAUUGGUAUUACCAAGAAAUCAAUUUUUAAAAAUAUUGAGAGAUUUUCCAGAAGAUAAAGAAAAAUAUUGUUAAAUAAGAGAUGAUUUACUUUACAAUAACGGCGAACAAUUUCUGAGAGAUAUUGGAGUAUAAUGUUACAUGUGUAAUUCAAGGGAUCAUAUAACCAAAUUCUGUCCUAUGGUACAUUAUUGUGCAGAUAAGGAAAAGAUAAUUAAAUCUCAAACAUAUAUCAUAAAAUAACCUAGAGUAAAGCAAAAAAGAAAAGUUAGGAGAAGUUAAUUUAAUGGAAAGAGUGACCAAAAAAUAAUUAUGGAAAUAGCCUAAUAUUUUAAGGAAGACUUUUGGAAAUAAUGCUAGUAUUAUGAAAUUAAUGAUAUUGACUUAGAACAGUAACAAUCCCCUCAAUAUAGUAUCACAUCAGAUGAAAUCAAAGAAAAUAUCAAAUCAACUCCAUAAUUACAUAUAACUAAGACAUCCUAAGUUAUAUAAAACAAGCACAUCAAAUAAUAGAGAAUAGGAUUGUUAAAUGAAAUACACCAAUCCAGGAGAGCUGCUAGAUAGAAUACGAUAUCUCCAUUAAUGAAAUUUUCAACCAAUUAAUAAAUCGCAGAUUAAUAUUCUUAAAACGAAAUGAAAGUAAUACCCAGAGCACAUUCUUCUUUAAUAGAAAAUGUCAGUUAAUAAGAAAGUCAGAUCACCCCUGAAAAACAAGAGGAAGAGGAUGGAACAGCCUAGAAAAGUAAUCAGCAAAUAGUCCCAAUUAAGGUCGAGUAAUUUUAGACCAAAAAGAGAUGUAUGCCAUAGCCUUAAUAAUCUUAAUUCACAAAACGAUUAAAAAACCUAAAAAUAGAAAUUGAAAAGGAUCCUUAGAAGAAAAUGAGUUUAUUUACUACUACAGAUUUAGAACUUUAAGAGAAUUGUUCAGCCUUAGAAUAAAGAAUAAUAUAACUAAAAUAAUUUCAGGAGCAAGAGACAACAGUAGUUUAAUUAUAAAAUUUGUCUAUUCUAAUUUAAAAUUAAUUGAAUGAUAAAUUCAUGUGCUUAGAAAACUUUGACUUACAAAAAGAUUUUCAAUUCUAUUUACAUCAUAAUAACUUUACUUAAUUAGAAGUAAGUAAUUGUUACAAUAAACAUCUAAUCGAAAACUUAUCUAGAUUUAUCAAGUAUUUAUUUUAUCCAUUCGUUUAUAUUAAAAAAUACUCUAAAUUAAAUGUUGAUGAGGAUCAUAAAUUAGAAAGGCAAAGAAAAACAAUGUCCUUUUCCAAAAAGAAAGCAACAGUAGUUAUUAAAUUUAGAGAUAAAGCAAAAUAAAUUAUAAACAGUAGAAGAAUAGUGCCAGAAUGA